GAGGCAAACAGUUGGUCCGAAAACCUUUUUUCAUUCAGACCAAUGUACAGUCUGACCUGCAGCUACCCCACUGGAAAUACGGAACCCCUCAUGUAUGUCCCCUAUUGGAGUCCGAGACAAUUUUUUUUUGUGUGUUUGUGUGUGUGUUUGUGUGUGCGUGGUGAGGAAACCAUGGGAUUAAUAAUCCGAGUUGGACGCUUUGAAUUUGAAGGAUUAAACAGCGUGGGCACUUCAGCAUGGUUGAGAGAUCGCAAGAGCCAGUCUGCUGGAAAGGGGAAUUCCAAUAAGUGGCAGGCUCUUUAAGGCAACCUUGGCGGCGGGGGCGAGGAGAUUGGCCCAACCCAUUACGAGGCAAACCCGGGCGCCGCCGCAGCCUCGAGAAUGAGGAUCAAAUACAGCCUACCCAUCGUCUUCUUUGUGGCGCUGGUGAUCAUCGAGAAGGAGAACAACAUCAUCUCCAGGGUGUCGGGUAAACUGGCCUUGAAGCAGACCCCCCAGACCCCCGUCCAACCCAGCCGAUCCGCCGGCGCCCCGGCCGAGCGCGACGUUUCCGUCCCCUCCGUGGGCAAGCUGAGCUCGGCUUUCACGCUGAUGAAGCGGCGCCUGGAGAACUACAGCGACGACCAGCCGGCGAGCCUUGAAGCAGCCCCCCCAGCCCCCCGUCCACCCCAGCCGAUCCGCCGGCACAUCCUCCUUCUGGCCACCACCAGGACCGGUUCUUCCUUUGUGGGCGAGUUUUUUAACCAGCAGGUGGACAACAUGUUUUAUCUGUACGAGCCGCUGUGGCACGUGGAAAAGACGCUGACGCUGGAGACGGGCGGCACCAACGCCACAGCCGCCGCCAAGGCGUACCGCGACGUGCUGCGGCAGCUCUUCCUGUGCGACUUCUCCCUGCUGGAGAGCUUCAUCGACCCCCUCCCCGUGGAUCACGUCACCGCCUCGCUCUUCCGCAGGGAAUCCAGCAGCUCCUUGUGCGGCGAGGCGGUCUGCGGCCCCUUCGUCAAAGGGGUCUUUGAGCGCUACCACUGCAGGAACAGGCGCUGCGGGCCCCUCAACCUGACGGCGGCGUCCGAAGCCUGCCUGCGGAAGGAGCACAGGGCCAUCAAGUCGGUGCGGGUGCGCCAACUGGAAACUCUCCGUCCUCUGGCCGAGGACCCGCGUCUCGACGUGAAAUUUAUCCAGCUGGUCCGGGAUCCUCGGGCGGUGCUGGCCUCCCGCAUGGUGGCCUUCGCCGCCAAGUACAACAACUGGAAGCAGUGGGCCAAGAACCGGGACAUGCCCAUCGACGACGACGACGAGGUGAAGAAGCUGAAGAGCAACUGCAACAGCAUCAGGACGUCGGCGGAAGUGGGCCUGCGGCGGCCGGCGUGGCUGCGCGGCCGCUACAUGCUGGUCCGCUACGAGGACGUGGCGCGCUUCCCCGUCAGGAAGGCGGCCGAGAUGUACCGGUUCACCGGGAUCCCCUUCGCGCCGCAGGUCAAAGCCUGGAUCCUCAAGAGCACGCGGGCCUCCGAGGAGACCGGCGGCAUUUACUCCACGCAGAAAAACUCCAGCCAGCAAGUGGAGAAGUGGCGCUUCAGGUUGCCCUUCGAGAUCGUGCAGGUGGUCCAGAAGGUCUGCGGCCCCACCCUCAAACUCUUCGGCUACAAAUUCGUCACAAGUGAAGAGAUGCUCACAGACAAGUCGAUCAGCUUGAUCGAAGAUUUUUGGUAGGUCCCGACGGGCGCAAGCUAAUAUUUAUUUGCCCCUUUUAUCGUUGUUAUUCUGAUAUUUAACGCGUUUGUACUUUGUUUGACUAUUUAAUAGCCAGAGGAGAGAUGAAUUUAGUCUUGUUCACAAAUUGCAUAUUUAAAAGCAAGCUCGGCCUUUGAAAAGCUUGCCUUAUUUUGGAUUUUUUUGCACAUUUUGUAACGCCAACACAAGCGGACUUUUCAUGCGAUGUGAAUUUCUGAGCAAACAGAAGCAUUGCAAAAAGAGAAAGUUAAGGGCGAGGGGGGAUGGGGGGGGGGGGCUGGCAAGUAAACAUGAAUGAGAGGGCUCUGGGAACCUCCAGCAACUGUUUACAGCUCCUGAGUUGGCAACCAAAGAAGCUCCAACGGAAGUGGCAGCCUUGUAGAAAUAAAGACCGAGGAAGGUAUUUCCAUCUGUAUUGAGUCAGUCCGUGGUUCUCAACAUUGGUCCUCCGCCGCAGGUUGAUGUCCCCGCAGAUUGCGAACUGCUUCGGGUCGUAUGAGCGACUUUCGUCGGUUUGCUGGAAGCGGCUGUUUGCAUUGCUGUCCAAACGCAAACAUUGCGGACCCUGCAGCCGGUUUGCAGGUCGGUUUCGACGUUCGUUUGAGAGUCUCGCGGCCGCUCGACACGAGCCUCUCGACUGCCGCCUCGAGAAGGAGACGGAGGCCUCCGUUCUGCGGCCAGCGCGACCCUACCAGUCGGGUUGUUUCUUUUAACGUUGGUGGCAAUAAACAUGCUUUGACAGCGA